AUGGCUUCUCUUUUCCUUGCACGUGGUCUCCACUCUUUGAUCGCAGCAAGAGACACCACACUGGGUUCGAACAUCCCGUGGAGUGGGAUAACGAAGAGAAACGAACCGUCUGCGAUUGGGAUGGCUGGAGCAAUAAUUCUAUGGCUUUUGAUCAUCUGUGUCUUGAUACCGGCCUUUUUCUUCAUCGUCUAUACUCUCGACAAGCUUGUUUCUACCCUAGCUAUCGUCGAAGCUGAUAGCCCUCCCGAAUAUGAACUCGUUGCUGUCAAAGAAGCCAACGGCCCGGAGGUGGAAAAGGUCACUGCGGGUAGCUCUUCGAAAGAUGUUACAAUCGCAGACACCGUCAGCGAGUCAUCUUCAUCUUCUUCGCAACUCAUGCCGGACGAGACUGCUGGCCUCCCUUCAACUCCCUCAAAGCCAAUCACUUCAUCCCUCUUCGCUACAAUCCGCUUGAUUCGCUCAUCAGCCAACGGUAUGUUGAAAGCAUAUAGAUGGCACUUCGCACACAACUCUAUCUGGCUUUUGGCCAUCAUGUUUAUAUCGGGAAUUCCAUAUAUGCAGGUACUCCCUGCAAUGAUCAUCGCUUCUUUCGCCACAACCAAAAUCGAAACAGCCUGGACCCACGCUGUGCUCACUUCUCAGCGCGACGGCGAUAUGUUCAGAAAGUUGCCCAGUCAUUUCACUAUCUUCAAAGCAACUGCCAUACCCCUGACUGCCAGGGCUGUCCUCACUCAGGUCGUCCAUACUAUUUCGCUUCUCAUCUUCGGCGAGAGAACCGGAAAUGUGGAUCCCGUGGGAGUUAUACCAACAUUUGAGAAAGGUGGAAGCAUCAUGGUGAUAUCCAUGUUUUGUAUCACUUAUUUUACGCUCAAUGCUUGUCUGUUGAUUCCCGUGGAAGUUGUGUUGGUUCGAACACGUGCCACCAUGCUCGCAGAGGAUGUCACCACCAUGGUCCAACUCGACUCUUCGAUCCGAUCGCAGACUGUGGAGGACAUCGGCUUCAUGUCAUGGCUGCACGUCUGGCGAACAUUUUCUCGUGCUUCGUGGAUUCGAAUCAUCAAAAUGAACGCGAAGGUAUUAGGGAUGACUAUUGCAACCGAAUCUGUUGCUGUAGGGAUCGUCGCUGCCCAUAUCUUCAUCAUCAAUGCUAUGACAUAG